AUGGAACGCCCAAUCAUCAAGCCUAUUGGCACACCGGUAGAAGAGUUGGACACACCCGCCCUUGUCGUGGACAUGGACACGCUGGAGUCCAACAUAGAGCAAGUUCACUCCCACUUUCGGCAAUUGGACGCCAAACUCAGGCCAUACACCGAAACGCACCGUUGCCCCACAAUAGCGCACAAGCAGCUUGCGGUGGGUGGCACCGUUGGCGGCAUCGCAGUUGCGAGCGUUGGCGAAGCCGAAUUGUUCGCGCAGAACGGUAUCGCCGAUAUUCUCCUCGUGAACGAAGUCGUAACCCCAUCCAAGAUUAAUCGUCUCUGCGCGCUCGCCAGGCAGGCGAACAUCACAGUUGCUGCAGAUAAUUCUGCCAACGUUCGCAGCCUUUCCGAGGCGGCUCGAAGCAGCGGUGUCAGCUUGAAUGUCCUCGUUGAUAUCAACACAGGACAAGACCGCAGCGGUGUCGCCCCCGGUCAACCCGCCCUCGAUCUCGCCCGCGCGAUCGCACAUAGCGAAGCCCUGAACUUCAACGGGCUGCUGGCACUCGGCGAGGCUGAACUCUCACGGGAUGCUGAUGCCAUCGCAAGUGAAGCAGGCGGGCGCAUUCAGCAAACUCUUGACACACGCGAGCUGCUGGAGCAAAACGGCAUAGAGGUGAGCACUGUCAGCGUGAGCGGCACCCACUGCUAUCGUCAGGCAUCCGAAAUAUCCGGCGUGACCGAGGUUUUGGCGGGAACCUACGCCCUGAUGGACCAGCGGCACAGCGCGCUUCUCCCCGAACUCCAGCCGGCGGCAAAAGUGCUCGCCGCUGUAACCAGCCUGCCGGAACCCGGCACCGCAAUCCUAGACACCGGACGCAAGGCAAUGGGGGACGACUACGGCUUUCCUGUCAUAGCAAAUCGCAGCGAUGUUGAAGUCACUUCGAUGAGUGCGGAACACGGCAAGCUGCAAUGGGAAGAAGACACUGAUGUGGCAUUGAGCCUGGGUGACAGAAUCUGGUUCACGCCGAUGGACGUAGGCUCUUGCGUCAACGUGUACGACUACAUUCAAGGAACGCGGCGAGGCAGACUCGAAUCCGUGCUCGCCAUAUCCGCGCGAGGCCUAUAUCGCUAA